GCGGCGUACACGACCAGCCAGCUUCUCCGAGAUGAAUGCCAGGAACAAUGCAGGAGAGAAAAGGUGGGCGAGCCGGAGCGUGGGAAUCUACCCCGCACAGACUGUUCUAUCCUCCUUCCUCCUUCCCCCAACGGUUGCCGAUUCGCCAACCACAACACUCCGAUCCCGAUACACCCUGCCUGCUUGCCUGCCUGCGAUGCGACAACCCCUGGUUGGGGCUCGAAUGCCGUGCCAGCCAAGCGAGGGUGCCAUGCAGCCCACGCAGCCAACGCACCAUUAAUUCCACGCUUCAAUUUCGAGAAUCUUCACACACCAAUUUUCUGGGUCAAACAAGAGCAGCAAAGACAAAACACCGUCGGACUUGUCAAGGAAACCCCCCAGACCCACCCGGAUCUCAUCGAGAAACGCUCGGCACCAUCGCCUGUUGCGCCAGAGUUUCCGGGCGGUGGAGCCGAUGGGCUGACACAACCGCCGGCUUGCCAUCCGGACAAGGCGCUUCGACGAGUUCGGCGAUGGAGGCCAAAAUAGGUCGGCGCUAGGAGCCCUGCCCGGGAUGGGCUUGCGAGAAGGUAACAGCCCCGGUGCCCCGGAAAUGCCAAGUUACCUUGCUUGCUGCGGUAAUAUCCCCAAUAUGCAUCGCAUUAUAGCCACGACCUGCCGUCGCAUUCACACAAGAUGGCCCCUUGGCAAAAUGCACGAGAAGUUAUAAAACAUUCUAGCGGCCCUCGUUUCUCCCUCCACACGGCUCGUUUCCCGAGCGAACAAGUCUCUGGUUCCAGCUUCCGUAUCCCCAGAUCACCACCACCACCACCAUGAAGGGCGGCAUCGUUGGCGUGCUUUGCAGCGCGCUCCUCCUUGCCGUUGAGGCUGCAUGCGCCCCCAACUCGGACGCCAUCACAAAGGUACCUGGCUUCAAGCCAAACAAGUGGGUGGCCAGAACCUGGGAGGGAAACAACUACGCCUGCAAAUGUCAUCCUGGCGACUACUGCUGGCCCAAGCAAAACCACUGGAAUAACCUCAACCGCACCGUUGGCGGCAACCUUCGCGUCAACCUGCCCCCAGGAGCUCCUUGCUACAACACCUUCCAAGGCCCUCUCGGAACCGUCAACACGUACGAUGCCGCCAAGUGUGCUGCCGUGACCGCCGGGUUCCCCAAUGAACAGUUUCAAAUCGAGCUGCCCACCGCUGGCCUCUGGACCUACUUCACCAAUGACACCUGCCGCCCUACCGCUGAUCCCACAGGCAGCUGCACGCUGGGCUACUAUCCUGUCCUGUACAUCACAGCCAAGACCGUUGCCCACAUCCAAGCGGGUAUCAACUUCGCCAGAAACAACAAUUUGCGCCUCGUCAUUCGCAACACUGGACACGACUUCCUUGGACGCAGCGUUGGCUGGGGCUCGCUUGUUAUCAACACUCACAGCUUCAAGAGCAUCAGCACCACCAAUAACUGGAAUGGCCCUGGCUACAACGGCCCCGCCAUCACUGUGGGAGCGGGUGUGCAAGCCUUUGAGGCUCUUGCCCGCCUGAACUCGCUUUCCCCUCCUCGAAUUAUGGUGACGGGCGAGUGCGCUACUGUUGGUGUCGCCGGAGGCCUUGUGCAGGGCGGUGGCCAUGGCCCCUUGACCAACUUCUACGGAUUCCUUGCCGACACGGCUGUUCAGUUCAAGGUCAUCACGGCCGAUGGCAAGAUCCAAACUGCCAAUGCCAACACCAACUCGGAUCUGUUCUGGGCCCUCAAGGGAGGUGGUCCCGCCGCCUUUGCUGUCAUCACUGAGGCUACCUACAAGACCUUUGCCGACACCCCAAGCGCCGGCAUCAACCUCGAUAUCAACCCCGCCACCAACUCCGAUCCCGCUCUUUAUUGGGAGGCCGUCCGCAAGUUCCACAGCUACAGCACCCAUUUUGUUGACAACGGCCUUUAUGUUUACUACGAAAUCGGCCCCGUCCCCAACACUCUCCACGUGCAUCCUAUUGUGGGCGUCAACAAGACCCUCGCCCAGCUGCAGGCUGUUGUCCAGCCCCUCUUUGAUGACCUUGAUGCCCUCGGUGUUGGGUAUACCACCUCCAGCGAGACUUACGGCACCUUUUACGAUUUGUACAACGCCAUGUUUGAGAUUGAAAUGGCUGGCAACUCUGCCCUCACCGGUGGUUGGACUAUUGGUCGCCAGGAUGUUAUCAACAACCACACCGCCAUCAUUGAUGCUUUCCAGACCGUUAUGAACGCUGGCUCUUUCAUCGUCGGCCACAUGUGGUCUGCUGGCCAUGGCCUCCCUCAGAGCGAGUGGGCCAAGUCUGCCAUCAACCCCCGCUUCCGCAACGUUGUUGACAAGCUUAUUACCAUCGUUCCUGUCUCUGGCGAUGCCCCUCUCGCCGCCAAGGCCGAGGCCCAGAACCGCUUGACCAACAUUGUCGACGGCUCUCUCCGUGCCGCUGCCCCCAACGGCGCUUCCUACAUCAACGAGGCCGAUCCCUUCCAGCCCGACUGGCAGAACGCUUUCUGGGGUACCAACUACCAGCGCCUGCUCCAGAUUAGACGCAAGUACGACCCCGAGGGAGUCUUCUAUGCCGUCUCCACUCCUGGCACCGAGAGGUGGGAGCAGAUUGAGACGGGCACUAGGUUGUGUGUCAAGUUGUAGUCUUUUUUCUUUUCUGUCUGAGCGAGUCUUUUGAUAUUAAAUAAUAAUAGAAUGGUAUAUACGUUUCACCAAAAGAA